CAGAAAAACAUCCCCGAGGUGGAAUCCGCUCCUUCGUGCCGCCGCUCCUCUCCGCCGUCAUUAUCGGGGCCUCUCCGGGCACUCAGAGCGAGCCAUGCCCGGAGGGAGGUGACCGGCCCCGGGGCCGCUGCUGCUGCCUCCCCGGCCGGAGGACGGCCGGGGAGGGAUGGAGAGGCCGCUGCUGCCGCUGCUGCUGUCCGAGCUCCGCGUCGGGAACGCGGCGUGCGACGUGAGCCUGAGCCGGUCCCGGCUCGGCUGGAACAGGCGGCCCUCCGGCCCGGUGUACCGCCCGUUCAGACCCAGUGUGUCUCACAGCGUGUUGGUGUCAGAGGUCAUCUCUGUCCGAGAGGAGGACAGCGUCAGGGGAACAGACGACGGCAGCUGGACAACAAAGAUCAGAGCGAGAGAAGCAAAGGACUGCAGGCCGGCCUUCACAGUGCUGUACGUGGAGAGGUGUCAGCAGCACCGCUGGCGGGGUGCCGAGGUCACCUUCACCUGUCCAGAGGCGGCGUUGUGUCGGCGUUGGGUCGGCGCCAUCGGGGAGCAGCUCGCCGUCAUCGCCAGCAGACCCAAGCGCCUGCUGGUCUACAUCAACCCGUUCAGCGGGAAGCGGCGAGGACAGAGCGUCUACGAGCAGCAGGUGGCGCCGCUGUUCGCCCGGGCCGGCGUCUCCACGCACGUCAUCGUGACGGAGCACGCCAAUCAUGCGAGGGACCACCUGAGGACGGAGGCGGAGCUUCAGAAGAUUGACGGGGUGGUGUGCGUCGGGGGGGACGGCAUGUUCAGCGAGCUGGUGCACGGGCUGGUCUGGAGGACGCAGGUGGACGGCGGCGUGGACCCCGGCGGGCCGGACGCGGCGCUGCUGCCGUGCUCGCUGCGCGUCGGGGUCAUUCCUGCAGGGUCGACCGACUGCAUCUGCUUCGCCACCGUGGGCGCCAACGACCCCGUGACCUCUGCGCUGCACAUCAUCGUGGGAGACUCUCAGCCGAUGGACGUGUGCACCAUCCACCACAACAACACCUUCCUGCGGUACUCCGUCUCGCUGCUGGGUUACGGUUUCUACGGCGACGUGCUGAGUGACAGCGAGAGGAAGCGGUGGAUGGGCCCGUCCAGAUACGACCUGUCAGGUGUGAAGAUGUUCCUGACUCAUCACUACUAUGAAGGAACGCUUUCCUACCUGCCGGCCACAGGCAUCAUGGGAACGCCGCGGGACGCCGCCAAGUGUCGAUCUGGCUGUUUGGUCUGUCAGCAGAACGUGAAGCGACUUUCAGAGAAAGCCGAGCGGUACGAGGCGGACGAGGCGUCGGACAUCGAGAGUGAGGGCGAGUGGAGGACCAUCAGAGGGAAGUUCUUGGCCAUCAACGCUGCCAGCAUGAGCUGCGCCUGCCCCCGCAGCCCCAAAGGCCUCAGCCCCGCCGCACACCUGGCCGACGGCACCACCGACCUCAUCGCGGUGCGGAAAUGCUCCCGCUUCGACUUCCUCCGGCACCUUUUGCGGCACACCAGCAAAGACGACCAGUUCGACCUGACCUUCGUGGAGGUCCACCGGGUGCGGCGCUUCCGCUUCACGCCGCGUCACUGCCAGAGCGACUCGGACCUGGACCUGGACCUGGACAUGCGGGAGAACGGCAAACGCCAGAUCUUCCGCAAGAUCUGCCGAGACCACCCGGCGUGCGGCUGCGCCCCCGCCUACAGCAGCUGGAACUGCGACGGCGAGAUCCUGACCCCCGCGGCCAUCGACGUCCGGGUGCAAUGCCAGUUGAUCAAGCUGUUCGCGCGAGGGAUCGAAGAACCAACGGUGUUUGAGGACCUCGCCAACCCCUCUGCAAUAUAGGCCCCAUGACCCGGUUCUCUGGUCUGGUUCUGUGGACUCGAACCCGUUUUGGGGUGAAGUCGUAGUUUCAUCUCCUCUUGGCUUGAACUGGUCUUGACUGUGUUGGACUUGUCUGCCUUGUGGCUUGUUUGGACCGACUUGUGUUGGGUCAACCGAGUCCAGGUGUUGGUUCAGCAGAGUCCGACUGAAGCCCAUUUUCGAAGUACUCGAGUCCGGUCUUGGUCCAGAGACCUUUUUGCCUCGUCAUGGUCUCGCCGAUUCUUUACUUUCGGCCUUUCUCUGCCUCGUGUUGUUGGCCCUGAGCCUCCAGACAUUCUCUCCAUUCUCACCUCCACAUGAGAUCCAAACUCAUUUCUAGAUCGACUUUGAUUCGUUGUGUUUCUCAAUCGGGUCUCAAGAUGUUUUCUUCUUAUAUCAGGACCUUUUUGAUGACUGAGUCCCCCCCCACCCUCCACUCUCCCCCCUUCAGCCGUUAAGAACAGUUUUUUAAAGAUAUUUAUUCUAAAUUGUUACAGAAAUCUUAUCUCAUUUGCACUUUUUUAAAUGCUGGAUUUGGAAUCAACUGUUACAUGUUUCAAGAAUGCCAGACGCCUUCAGUCACCGCGAGGGUCGUGUAAUCAUUAGGGGUCAGGCGGCUGAUUCCCAAUCAUGUAGGGUAGAGUUUAGAGUAGAGGGUAGUGUAUAGCAAAGGGUAGAGUAUGGUAGGGUAGCAGGGCUCUCAAGUUUUGAAGACAGGCAAGAGUGACAUUUCCCAUGAGCAGCAUCCCUCCCCCCCCCGCAGAAUGAAAUUUUCGGAUAUCAGUCAGUCGCGCGCAAUUCCAGGAUGCUUUAUUUUCAUUGGUUGCUGGAUUAAAUCUUACCCAGAUACAACAGAUACGGGGUUUUUUUCUGAUUGGCUAUUGUGGAGCCCAUUUCUUUUUUUUGGUUGGCUGAUAAGUGGCUCCACACAGCAGAACUCCAGGGAAGCGCUUGAUUCCUCCACGGUGAGGGCAGCGCGGCUCAUGUUGGCGCGCUGCGGCACAUUAAAACAUUAAAUAGCCGAGAGUUUUUUUCAGCGUGAGAAAUACGAUGUGUGGCGGGAGUGCGUGACUUAAGACCGAAAUGCAUGAGUCUCACGCUCAAUGCGUGACACUUGAGAGCCCUGGGGUAGAGUGUAGUAUAGAAUAGAGUCGGGUAGAGUACUGAACAUGGUCAGAAAAAUAAUGCCGACAGGACAUUUACUCCCCAGCGUUGGGCCUUCCUCUCGGCGUCUUUAUGUUAUUUUUCUUUUCUUUUUUUAUUGUCUCCAGUCCUCCAUCGAUUCUCAGGAAAGCCGGAGUUCAAUCGUAACUGCGACUUUUAAAUUGUUAAUUACAUUACAUUACAUGUCAUUUAGCAGACGCUUUUAUCCAAAGCGACUUACAAUAAGUGCAUCAACCUAGAGUACAAACUAAGAAAAUGGUGAAUGGUUUUAUUUCCCAGCAAUUCAGAAAAAAGCAGAAAAAGAAACUCAAAUUCCUCCCAAGAAGUUUUCUUCAGUCUUGCUGCGUGAAUGUUCUGAAGUGUUCCGGUUCUUGUCGAGCCAUCGAGGACUUCAACCGCCAAAGAUGGCGAUUACAACCAAAAGGAAACGGUCUUUCCAGAUCCGUGUGCGGAGUGUCGAUACGUCGACACGCGGCCCAGACCAAAGGUAGCCGGGGAGGAGAAUGUUAAGAAUGGCUUGCAGCCGAGUUAACUGCUGCCUCUCAGCCCAAUGGAGGCCUCCAAGCACUUUACAUACAGACUCUUCUUGUUUCUCAUCUAUUCAGUUUAUAUUGUAGAGCCCAUUCUCACACAUUACACAUGUGAAUCAGUGCUUUACAAUCUGUACACAGACAUCCCUGUCUACCCUACUCUACCCUCUACCAUACUCUAUUCUACCCUCUACUCUACCAUACUCUACUCUAUUCUACUCUACCCAACCCUACCAUACUCUACUCUACCAUACUCUAUUCUACCCUACCUUCUACCAUACUCUACUCUACCAUACUCUAUUCUACCCUCUACUCUACCAUACUCUACUCUAUUCUACCCAACCCUCUACUCUACCAUACUCUAUUCUACCCUCUACUCUACCAUACUCUAUUCUACCCUCUACCCUACCAUACUCUACUCUACCAUACUCUAUUCUACCCUACCCUCAACUCUACCAUACUCUAUUCUACCCUACCCUACUCUACUCUACCAUACUCUAUUCUACCCUACCCUCUACUCUACCAUACUCUAUUCUACCCAACCAUACUCUACUCUACCAUACUCUAUUCUACCCUACCCUCUACUCUACCAUACUCUAUUCUACCAUACUCUAUUCUACCCUCUACUCUACCAUACUCUAUUCUACUCUACCAUACUCUAUUCUACCCUACCAUACUCUAUUCUACUCUACCCUACCCUACCAUACUCUACUCUACCAUACUCUAUUCUACCCUACCAUACUCUAUUCUACCCUACCCUCUACCCAACCCUACCAUACUCUACUCUACCAUACUCUAUUCUACCCUACCCAACCCUACCAUACUCUACCAUACUCUAUUCUACCCUCUACCAUACUCUACUCUAUUCUACCCUCUACUCUACCAUACCCUAGCCUACAUUAUUUUACCCUACCCUCUACUCUACGUACUCUAUUCUAGCCUACCCUCUAUUCUAGCCUACACUAUUUUACCCUCUACUCUACCCUACUUUACCCUACCCUCUACUUUACCCUACCCUCUAGUCUACCAUACCCUACUCUAUUCUAACCUCUACCAUAAUCUAGCCUACACUAUUCUACCCUCUACUUUACCCAACCCUCUACUUUACCCUACCCUCUACCAUACCCUACACUAUUCUACCUCACCCUCUACUCUACCAUACUCUACCCUACAUCGACGCCAUUGGGCUGAACGUCACCAGUUAACACGGUCUCUCGUUAGGCCAAACCACCUGGCGGUCUGAAUUCUAAUAAGCAUUCAAACACACUAUUGACCCAGAGUGUCCUCUUCAUUUAUUAAUUAAUGUGAACUUCUCUCGGCCAACAGAAUAUCAUUUAACACAAAACCAAAUGUUUAAUUGUGUCGUGUUGCUGGAUGUUUCUGUGUUUAUUGAUAUUGAAGUUUUGGAUCAUUUUUGUUUUGUUGCAGUGUUAAUAUUAUAUAUAUCCAACAAUCUGCUUGUGCAGAAAUAAGAGAGCCAUGUGCAUUGUUUGUGUUUGGACAGGUUGUAUUUACAUGCGUUUAUUAUGUUCAUCGCGGCGUUGCAUUUUCUCCACUGAGGACGGUGAAAAUGUCCCAAAACAUGUUCCUGCUUUCAAGAGGAUGAACCCUUUUUUAGAUUUAAGUGACUCCGUCACCUUUCCUCCUUCCUCUUUCCUCCACCCUCGGGAAAACUGGCCAUGUUUAGACUUCACUAGAAGCAGAAAAUCGUCAAGAGAAAUAUAUUAUCUUAAAUUAUAUUAUAAAAAACAAAACAAAUGUUUUCCUCUAAAACCGCUAGAAGAGAUUUGACUGGACAGGAAGUUGACGAGCGAUCCGGUUCCCCCUCUGCUGCCGUCGAGCUGGACUCGAGCCGACGGAGGAGGGAACCGGGAGCGGCUCACGGACGCCAACAGUCCAAAGACCGGCGGCGGGUUUGAUCCCGUCGUCGACCUCCCAGGUCCGACUUCUUGAACCCAAUCGAACCCGACGAGAACGCAUUAAUGAUGCAGCAUGUGAUGGAGGCAAACGGUCUCCUGUUAUACAAUCAGUCUUAAUGUUUAAUGUAAAACCUCCGAACAACAACCACCAACCAAAGGUGCACACGGAUAGCUGACUGAGGGGUUAUUUUAGUGGUUAAUAUCUAUUUAUUUACAUUUAGUGGUCUAACUAUGAGUUGAAUGUCUUUGUCUUUAUUAUAUAUAUUUAGUGCCCAGUCAUACCAGGAACUGGCUCAUUAAUUUGCGUUUUUUUCUUAGUGAUAAUAGUCCCAGAGAGCUAUAUUCACGUAUUAUCGAGCCGCGUAGCUAGCUCGCUACUAGCUAACGGCGCAUUCACAAUUCAUAUAGAACCGAAAAAGAAGUGACAUAAAGAAAAUACUUAACGAGGCUUUAUAGAAGCUCAGUGACAUCGCGACGGCUCGCGGGGUGAACUACGUUACCCGGGACACGCUAACGACUAGCAUGCUAGCGAGGUGGGAACACGCAAGGGCGUCGUUCUGUUCCGUCUCCAUUUCAUGAGUUAGCACCUUAGCUCGGUCGCUAACGGGGACGAGUUCACGCAGUUGAUUUUUAAAAAGUGUCGUUGUACCAUUUCACGCCCAACGUCGAACUGAAGCUAAUCAAUUUAUUUGACCGUUUUUUAGAUGUUGACUGAGCCUGAUUUACCAGAUUUACCAGCACACAGUUUAUUCUGAGAUUGAAGAAAUUUCCGUCAUGACGCUAUGACAAACACGACCGUUCAAAAGUUUGGGGUCACCCAGACAAUUUGGUGUUUUCCAUGAAAACUCACUUUUAUUUAUCAGAUGAAUUCAAAAUGAAUAUCAAAUCUAGUCAAGACAUUGAGGAGGUUAUAAAUCAUGUUUAUAGUAAAUAUUAAUGUUGUCUUCUUGUGGCUCAAAGGAAGGCCAGAUUUAUAGCUUCAGCAGCAGCAUAACUGUUUUCAGCUGCGCUCACAUAAAAAGGGUUGAAAGGGUUUUCUACCCCUCCGCUAGUCUUCUAAGGCGAUAACACAAUGUACCAUUAGAACCCUGGAGAUGGGCCUCUACACACAUCUGGAGAGACUUCAUUAAACACCAGAGAAUAGUCAUGUACACAUUAACUAUGUAGAGAGUCUCACACACUCGCGAUUUAAUGUGAUCUUCAUUGAUAAAACAGAUCUUUGAAUAAUAAGGACAUUUCUACGUGACUCCAAACUUCUGAACGGUCGUGUAUAACUUUACCGGUUUCCUAUCGUUUACGUUCUGCACACUUUGCGUUAGCUUGCCGUUGGUUAGCAUGACGUCGUUUUCACAGCGUCCCUCAGAGACGGUCUGAAUGUCAUCUGAAAAAAUCUAAUUCGGAACCGAUAGUGAAGAAAUUAAUAGAUUUUCCCACUUAAAUUUUUUCUGUCGUGUGAAUGCUGUGACCUCAGUAAAAUAUGUAAUCGUGGAUUAUAAUAAGUAUAUUGAGUUUUAAGACUUAACUCUGGUUGUUUUACUCACAGCAUGGAGAACCUGUAGAACGAAGGAUUAGUCGUUCUUUUGAAAAUACAGAAGCUUUAAAGUAAAUUAUCUUUCUGAUUUGAGUUUCUCUAUGAAAUCUGAAAACUAACUAAAACGUCCACAAAGUCCAAAAGUCGUGUUUGUUUUCAAACUUCCAGAAUGACCACGUUUCACUCCGUGACUCGUUGGUUUCCUCUCAUUUAAACCUCUAACUAACUGGAGAUAUUUUCAUUUUCAAUCCUGUAGCUCCAAAUGUUUGUUCUCAUGUUUGAGUCGAGCUGUACGUGAUCUCUGAUCUCUGAUCUGUGUUCUCUGAUCUGUGUUCCUUCUGCUGUUUCAAUCAUCAGGAAUAAAAACAAACUUAUUCAACACUU